AUGGCAGAUAAGACAAGUCCCACCAAACAAAAUGUCACACGGCCGCAGCUGGGCUCCAUGAGGAGCAGCUCAUACCUUAGUGAUCACCAGGAGUACCGCCCUCCUCGACCCGACUCAGCUCGACAGGAUCAGCUGUUCCACGGCAUUGACACCGUUAUAGAGGACACCAGCAACUCACCCGUUCCCCAGACGAGGCCAAUCUUGCCCUUCAAUGGCAUCCCGUCCGAGGAGAACCCCCCGACUGUCGUCGACAGUGGACUGAGCCACUCGUACUCUCACCCCAAUUGCGCCCCCAGAGCUGGUGAGAAGUCGGAUCGUCUUAUCGCAACCCUUUUCUAUAAGCCAAGGGGCGAGGAUCAGGGCUCCAGAUCUCCCGUCAAAACCACUUUUGCAGACAGUAACGAGUCUCUGCCCGCCAACUUGGCCCCGACCACUGAUCCCAACGAGUAUCCUCUGGAGCCGCCAACUCAAGAGUCAGAGCAGCUCGACCAUAUCUAUGGUUCUUACAUCUCGCCUCUAUGCAUCACCUCAUUCCUUCACCUCAUGUCUUCUUUCCCUCUUCCUCAGGACGCCGAUGAGCCUCACUCCUCUCACCGAUGUUUGGAUAACCAAGAGCAACCGCGCAUUGUUGAGCUCACGCUCUCUCCUACGCCAUCACCUGAAUAUCUGAGCCUGGACGACCUGAGAAAGCAUGAGAUGAUCUACCGAUUUGAGCAGGAGUGGAACGUCGAUGUGGUCCUGCAGCGAGAUACAGUGUGGAGACGCCAUCCUCGACUUGUGGUUUUUGACAUGGACAGCACACUCAUCACUCAAGAGGUGAUUGAUCUUUUGGCUGAUCAUGUCAAGGAUCCCCCAGAUCUGGCUGCACGAGUCGCCGAGAUUACGCACCGUGCCAUGAUGGGCGAGCUGGAAUUUGAGGCUUCUUUCCGCGAGCGCGUUACUCUUCUGAAGGGCCUUCCCGCCAACCUGUUUGAAGGCCUGCGGCCAGUAUUGGACGUCACCAAGGGCGUACCAGAGUUGAUCAAGGCCUUCAAGCGACUGGGCGUCAAGACAGCUGUUCUCUCCGGCGGUUUCCAGCCGUUGACAGGAUGGCUAGCUGGCCAACUGGGUAUUGAUUACGCCCACGCGAACCACGUCGUUAUUCAAGACGGCAAGUUCACAGGUGAGGUCGAGGGGGUCAUUGUGGGCAAGGAGCGGAAGAGGGAUCUUCUCGUGGACAUUGCUGCCAAGGAGGGCAUUGACCUGUGUCAAGUCAUUGCUGUUGGUGAUGGCGCCAACGACUUGCUCAUGCUGGACAAGGCAGGUCUAGGAGUUGCAUGGAACGCAAAGCCCCGUGUUCAGAUGGAAGCUAACGCCCGCCUGAACGGAGAGAGCCUCUUGGAUCUCCUGUAUCUUCUUGGAUUCAUUUCCGAAGAAAUUGAUGCGUUGGUUGUUUAG